GAAAUUAUUACUUUAUACAACAAUCUAUUAAUAUGAACAACCAUAUAUUAUCACAUCAGGACUCUUCAAAAGCAUUCUUUUGGCUAGAAGACUUACAAAACUCUAGAAGUUGUAAUUACUACGGCAAUGUGUUCAUGACAUCUAUAGGGCAAGAGAAAGAUAGAGAAAUGAUGCAAGAUUGGAGUGCUUUUGGGAUAAUUGACCCUUUGCUGUUAAGGAAAACUUUGAAUCAGGCUCUUAAGUCAUAUCCUGAGAAGACUCAGUUUGGUAAAGGAAAUCUAAAUGGAAUGAAUAUUCCACAAUUAGCUUAUGACCAAAAUGAGUUAGAAAUUAAUGAUAGUCCAUUAAAUAGUUCAUCAGAGAUGGAAAUGAAAGCUCAAGACCAGCAAAAGGAAAACUCAAAUUAACCAGAGGAGCUAUAAGAAGAAUAGGAGAGCAAAAAGAGGCAGAAAAGCUAAGCCAAGGCUUGAUGCAGAAAUAAAGCAAGCUCUUAGGUUCGUGAAAAAGUUCAUGAAGAAACUUUUCAGAUCUCUGAACAUCAAAAUUACCAAUGAGAGAUAUAUCAAUUGAACUCCAAUGCAAAUUUUUGAAGCUAUGAAAACAACUCUGAUUACUAUUAUUCCUGGUGACCUUCUUGCAGGUGAUUUGGUUUAUUACACAGUAGGAAUUCUGAAUCUCAAGAAACCCUCUGAAUUAGGAUGCAAGCAAAAAAUUAAAAAGGAGAUAUCUAUUUUCAAAGAAACAAGUAGUAAUUUCACUUACAAAAGACUUAAGAAGUCAAUGCAAUCAAGCAGCUUAAGGAUUUUAUGAAGGUUUAUCCUCUCUCAGGCGUCUGAUCACAUUGGAGUAGCUCUCAGAAAAGCAUUAAAAAUUGAAUAA